AAUACAAGUGACAUGUUUGCAAUUGAAUAAUUUAGACCCCUACUUGCUCCCUUACUCAAGAAAUACAACAAUUUUUUACUUGUCUAGCUCAAGCCGAAAGUAUUUCUGUUAUCGCAGUACUCCAACAAGUUGCGAAAAAUAAUCUUUCUGUUAUCAACAUGGUGCCAUACUCGGAAAACGCGUCCAAUACUGACGACAAAAGCAAUUCACAUCCUCCUUUCAGGAAUCCCAACUUUGAGCAUCGGUCGAUCGUGAGCAGCAAGAAGAAAGUGUGGCGCGGCCUGAAGCAAAUCGUGGCCCUCGAGAGGGCGGCUACGUGGCCUCCUGACGCGGUGCUGUACAGCAGCAUCGACGCCCCUCCGCCGUUCAAGCCUGCCAAGCGUUACUCGGACAUCUCAGGCCUGCCUGCUCUAUACACGGAUCCUAUGACCAAGCUUCGCUACGCCAACGCCGAAGAGUUUGCCCGCAUUCGUAAACUGCCCAUGGACAUCGUAAGUGGCUUGCUGGAGCUGAGGAAGGCAAGCAGCAUCGUAGGGUGAACCAACAAGAUGCUGCAUUUCUACUGACUGCUGCAGUCGUUUUAAUACGGACAAUAUAAGUUCAGUUGGAUAUUUCUGAAACGAAUGAUAAAUACUCCUGCUGGCAAGUCAUGACGCACGAGUACUGCUGUGACCUUUCUCCUUAGAAUAAACGGCUUCUUGGUAGUAAUUAUUGUGCGGUAUAUGAACUUGAAAUAGGCGUAUCAAUGAAGUAAAUUCGAAUUUUUCGCACAACCCAUGGAUAGUCAAAUAAUUCGGCGAAAUUUUGUGAACCAGGAAUCGUCUUGAGCCAAACUUAUCAGAGAAGUCAAAGUUGUAGCCACCGUAUUGGAAUAAUUUAUCCCGUGGCAUUAUACAAAUAUAAUUCUACAAAUUGUCAA